UCCCCCGUUUCUCUCAUUUCUCUCUGUCUAUCGUUCAGUCAGUUCAUUGACCUGCUCUCUGUUUUCUGAACUAUUCUCUCAUGUAGAAGAGCGCUGAAGAUCUCAUCAUGUCUUGUCUCUUCUGGAACAUUCUGUGUGUGUUUCUAAUUCACUGUGUAUCGUCUGAGGUCUUCCUCCAUAAUCAAGAUGCCAAUCAGGUGUUAAGUCGACGUCGGCGUGCCAACACCAUGUUUGAGGAGCUGAAGCAGGGAAACAUGGAGCGAGAGUGUGUUGAGGAGCGCUGUAGUUAUGAGGAGGCCAGAGAGAUCUAUGAGGAUGAUCAAAAAACGAAGGAAUUUUGGAAUAAAUAUGUCGAUGGUGAUGCGUGUUUGUCUAUCCCGUGUCUCAAUGAUGGGGUGUGUAAAGAUGGGAUUGGCCCGUACACCUGCUUCUGUACCGCAGGGUUUAAAGGGUACAACUGUGAGAUUGCGAUUCCGAAACUCUGUGAGAGUGAAAACGGUGGCUGUAAUCAUUUCUGUAAGGUGGACAAAGGGAAAGUGGCCUGCUCUUGUGCUAAUGGAUACACACUGAGCUCCAAUGGGAAGUCCUGUCAAUCUGAUGAUCCAUUCAAAUGUGGCGUUGUGUAUCCUGAGAAGACCAGAACAAUCUUCAUGUACACACCAACCAUCACCGACAUUGAAAACACUGACGAGUCAAACUCCGAGACUUCAGUCAACAGUGACAUCGAGACGGAGAACACGUCAAACACGCCUGUCAAAAACCUGAGCGGCAACUCCAGUGUUCACGAGCCGGACAUCAAGACAGUGAACGGGUCAAAGAACAUGACCGUUAGUGACACCAGCAGCAUCUUCGGUUAUCAUGAGCCAGACAUCAAGAAUCUAGUGGAUGAAUUACCUCAUGAAGAAAUAAUGUUUGUUGAAAAGAAAAUUGUGAAUGGAGUGGACUGUCCUCCUGGAGAAUGCCCUUGGCAGGCUCUUCUCAUUAAUGAGGAUGACGUGGGCUUCUGCGGCGGCACCAUUUUAAAUGAGUACUUCAUCCUCUCCGCCGCUCACUGUAUGAAUCAGAAUAUCUCCAUCAGAGUGAUUGUGGGUGAGUUUGACAGGCUGCACAAAGAGGGUCGUGAGUCAACACACAAUGUAGACCAGAUCCUCGUCCACAUGAACUUCAUCCCUGAAACCUACCAUAACGACAUCGCCCUCAUUAAACUCAGCGAGCCAAUCAAAUUCACCAAAUACAUCAUUCCCGCCUGCAUACCGGAGCGUGAUUUCGCAGAGCGCGUGCUGAUGCAACAAGACGUCGGGAGAGUGAGCGGUUUCGGCCGUUUGCAUGAAGGCGGCCUUCAGUCCACCAAUCUCCAGAGAUUAGCGGUGCCGUACGUCGAUCGUGCGAAAUGCCUAGAAUCCAGCAGUUUUAAAAUCUCCAGUCGCAUGUUCUGCGCCGGUUACGACCAGGAAACCAAAGAUGCAUGUCAGGGCGACAGCGGCGGGCCACACGUGACGCGCUACAAAGACACGUGGUAUGUGACAGGGGUGGUGAGCUGGGGCGAGGGAUGCGCACGGAAGGGCAAGUACGGAAUCUACACGCAGGUGUCCAAGUACAUCAAAUGGAUUUAUAAUGCAAUGGAGAAAGUGAUGCCUCAAACAGAGAGUCUGAUAAAGCCCAAAGUCAAGAGAGAGCUGCCGAAGAAGAGUUUGAUACGAAGAGUUUGAUACGGAUUCUUUAAAGUCAACAUGAAAUCAGAAUCAACUCUAUUUACUUUCUGAAUCAUCAGAACAGAUACGUCAAAAGAAUAAAAUGUUUGAAACGACUUAAUCAAGCCCUCCCAUUUUUAAGCGUCCUGUCAUAGACACUCUCUUCACCGCCCAAUAAAAGUCCCGCCCUACAUUUCUUCUUCAUUUCAUGUUGACUUUAAAAAUCCAAACGAGACAUUUACAGUGUUGGGUAAGUUACUCAAAACUGUAAUCCACUACAAAUCACCAGUUAUUACAUUACUGAUUACUUCAGCGAAAGAGUAAUCACAUGACUAAUUACUUUUCUUUUAAGCUACUUUCUAAAACACACUUCACAGAAAAGUUCUUAAGAGUUCGCAAUAAUAUCUAUAUUUUCUCACACGCUCUUUAAUUGUUAAAACGUCAACAGACGUGCGUAUGAAUAUAAUUAAUAUUUUACAGUAUAUGUCAUAAAUAUCAUUGCAGUAAUAUGUGUAACCCUAGUAAUGUACCUAAGUCAGUAAUGACAUCUGAUUACAAGAACUUAAAAUGUAAUGUGUUACUCUACCUUUUGAAUAAAUGUAGUUAGAUUACAAUAACUAGUUACUUUGUAAUUAGGUCACACCCAACACUGGAUGUUGCGCAAUUGUAAAACAGAAAGUACUCAGUGAUUUUGUGUUUUAUUGAUUUUAUUCAUCUGUUUCUGUAAUAUUCAGAUGUACGAUAAGUGCACUUAAACUGAAGUAUUUUCAGAAAUAAACUUUAAAGACUUGUCAACAGUUA